AUGUCAUACAACGGAAUCGGCCUCCAGACGCCGCGAGGAAGCGGCACUUCGGGCUAUGUUCAGAAAAACCUCGCCGAUAAAAAAUUCCAGGGGUACAGAAAGAAAAGAGACAGAGAGCAGGAGAACGAAGAGAGGAAGGAAGCCAGGGCUAAACAGCUCAAAUCCAGAAGACUGGCUGGAGGGGAGAUUGAGGAGCACGAGAGGAGGCGAAGAGUGGAGAUCAAGUGUGCCGAGCUACGAGACAAGUUGGAGGACGAGGAUGUGGAUGACGAUGAGAUCGAUAAGCAGGUUGCCGAACUACGAGAGAAGUUGAGGAGUGAUGGAGGGGAGGUUAAGGAGAAGGAGGAGGUACAGAAAGAGGAUGAUAAGGAAGGGGAUGGUGAUAAGGAGGAGGUUGAAGAGAAGGAAAUGAUAUAG